GCCAAUGGUCGAGGGCAGGAAGGCUGUCAAGUUCGCAGAGCCAAUUGUGCAAGCCACCCCUGAGGAGAUUUCACCGUCACUUGAUGAAGUUUACCGCAUGAUCGAGGAGACAGCAUUGCAGAGGAGUUCCUCACGAGGGCAAGGGCAAUCAAGUUCCAAUGUGCCUGCAGAUACGGUAUCUGAGGAUACCAUUAGGAGUGUCACCCCUGGUCCUGUGAGGCAGCGGAGGGUAGUUCACCCACCCCCCGCGGAAGACUACGAGCCCGAAUUCAGGGCCACUAAGGAACAGACCCAGCUGUACGAUAUCGUCAAGCGUUUUGGAAAUGCGAGGACCAACAGCAAGCACAUGAAGGAGCUGAAAGCAACGAAAGUCAUUCAGUGCGGAGCGACGUACGUCGACCUGGGUGAUCUUGCCGAGUCCGUGAGGCCAAACGGAAAAAUGUCGACGAAUGUAGUUGCAUGCGGGAUCGACUACAUCAACAAUCACACCGAUGUAUGCGCCGACAAGAUAAUCAUGCAUUAUAGUGUCAUGUUCCCCAUGUUCCAGGAGCUUGAACCACACGACCGACACGACAUAUGCGGUCUGACGGACUAUGGCUUUCACGCGCUGGAAUACUUUGCAAAGUGGGAAGGCAGAAUUGUCCCCGCUAUCACAGAUGCAACGGUCGUUGAGCUCCGAAAAAUCUGCACAUGGAACUGGCUGACGAAUGAAGAUUUCAACAAGCGGUCCGGAGCACGCGAGUUCGUGGAGGAAGCUGUCAAGCAAGUCAUCACGAAGUACAAGUGA